UCGAGCCACACUGUCCAGGCACACAAAAGCAUUUCAUCUUUGAUAUAUUUCCUUGUCGUCUUAAAGGUUAAUGAGCCUGAAAUGAGGGAUACAAAGACUAGAGAGAAAGGAUCUCGUCGUACUGUAUUCUUAGCAACGUUUAUUCCAAUCACAAUUGUGGUAAUUUUUCUCGUUUUAUGGAGACCGAUGUUGCUUCCAUAUUUCUUCCGAUACGCGAAGUUGACAAUUUCUGAAUAUGUCAAUGACAAACAGAGGUUUUUGGACAACGAACUAGAGGCUGCACUCAAAGAAUGGAGAAUGUAUCAACUGGAACGGCAAUUUGGACAAGAAUGGUGCAAAAGGAACGUUAAACCAAGAAGCGACGUAACAUGGCUAACUGCGAUGGUUAAUGAUGAUUUCGCCAUUCCUGCAUUGGUUUUAGGUCACUCCAUCCGCACUUUUUCCUGUCAACAAAACAUGAUAGCGUUUGUUUCAAACAAGGUGAGUGCAGGUGCACGAAAAGCCCUCGAGAGAGUUGGCUGGGACACUCGUUUGGUGGAAGGAAUGGACUGUGACUGGCUUGAUGCAAGAUUGGGCAGUAAGCAAGAUACUGGAUUUUUUGCCAGACCAGGAGGAAACAGAAUCAAGGGAACACAUACUCGCUUCCACGCUUGGAAUUACACUGAAUUUUCUAAAAUUAUAUAUGUAGAUGCUGAUUAUAUGCUGACAACAAACAUAGACAAAUUGUUUGAUAUCCCAGAUGACUUUGCUGCUGCUCCUGGCUCAAGACCAGGGGUUCUGGAUCCAUGUUUCAAUGCAGGGCUUCUUGUGUUUAGACCAGACACCAAAUUUUAUCAGGAAAUCAUGGACUUGUGGUGGGAAACAACAAAAAAAGACACUUGUCCAAACGAUCAGGUGUUGUUAUGGCAUUACUACGCUGAUGCUGGUAACUGGAAAGCUCUCCCUUAUGCCUUCAACAUCAGACGCAUAAUUUACAGGCCCCUUAAUUCAUUCCAUUUUGCUUGCUGUGUUCCUCCCAAACCAUGGUCUGCAAAGUGUAGACCAAGUAGAAAAGAAGCAGAAGCAUACAAUGGGCCGAUUUUGGUCCCUGAUGACAUGUCAUUAGUGUUUUGGAAGAAUCUUUACGAAUUGUUGAAGAUAAACAAUUUAGAUGAGUGGUGGAGAACAACAAAGUUCUUCCGAGCAUCUGAAGAAUUUAGUGCUGUGACUUUCUCUGACUGCCGAAAACAAGAGUCAUAAAUACUUUACAGAUUACACUGCUACAUUUACUGUUGUUUCAAAAUCUGGUUUAGUGGUAUGCAAAAAGGGAUCAUAUAUGUUCCAUGGCCAUUCUUUUACAUAUAGAUUCUUGAUUGUUCAACUGUGUACUGCAUAUCAUGUAGCCUCCACCUUAGAAAUCUUCCAUUCAUGCAAAUAAUUUUUAUUGCAUGUUACGGACCUUGUAUCUAGCACCUUGGGUGCAUUCUUGUCAUCGUAUUUUAUUUUCUACCACUAACAGAACUCCUGUUCAAUUAUCAACUUGUUGUA